CCAGCCACCCCGGGCGUCCCGGCAGGGGGCAGCGCCCCCGCGUGCCCGCUGCUCCUGGCCGACAAGAGCCCGCCGGGCCUGAAAGGCAAGGAGCCCGUGGUGUACCCCUGGAUGAAGAAGAUCCAUGUCAGCGCCGUCAACCCCAGUUAUAACGGAGGGGAGCCCAAGCGCUCUCGAACCGCAUACACCCGACAGCAGGUCUUGGAGCUGGAGAAGGAGUUCCACUUUAACCGCUACCUGACCCGGCGGCGCCGCAUCGAGAUCGCCCACACGCUCUGCUUGUCCGAGCGCCAGGUCAAGAUCUGGUUUCAGAACCGGAGGAUGAAGUGGAAGAAAGAUCACAAAUUGCCCAACACUAAGAUGCGAUCCUCCAACUCGGCCUCGGCCUCAGCAGGCCCGCCAGGGAAAGCACAAACUCAGAGCCCGCACCUGCAUCCCCACCCCCACCAGGGUGCCUCAACACCCAUUCCCUCCUCCAUAUAAUCUUCAGAGAUCUAGAUCAGUUUCAUUCCCCCCACCUGUUUUUCUCCUCUCUUCUGCCUGGUUCCCCAUGCUCCUACCUGU